GUAGAGAUGGAUUUUAUGAAGUUAUUUGGCUCCUUCAUCGCCGUGUUGUUCCACCAGGGAUCCGCUUCAAAAAUACACGAAGAGAGAAUCUGUCGACGUGGAACGGAGCGCCCGUGCUACAAGGCCUUCUACUUCCAGGAGAGCAGGAGGAGGCUGAGCUUUGAAGAUGCGACACGGUCCUGCAGGUUGGAUGGUGGCGAGCUGCUCAGCGUCGAGACAGAGAGCGAGCAACGACUCAUCGAGAGGUUCAUACAAGAGCUGAAAGUCGGAGAUGGAGAUUUCUGGAUCGGGCUUCGCCGCAGCCCUCAGUAUCACAGUGCAAGAAACACUGGUCCAGGCUGCCCCUCUCAGUACUAUUGGUUGGAUGGGAGCAAAGCCAAAUACAGAAACUGGCACUGGGAUGAGCCAUCAUGUGGUACUGGCAUGUGUGUUGUUUUAUACCACCAACCCUCUGCACCGCGGGACGAAGACGGUCAUUUCCUCUUCCAGUGGAAUGAUGACAACUGCAGCUCUAAAAACAACUUUGUCUGCAAAUACCGGGAAGAGAAAAUACCUGUACAUACAGGCGAAAGGAUGACAGCAAAACCAGUCCCAUCUCUGAGGCCAAACAUAUUGUCCACUACAGAACGUAAUAAUAAACUAGAAAUAGGACUUCCUGAGUCAUCAGUAUCUUUAUCAAAAAACACCCUCUUUGUGUCCUACGUCCUCUAUGCCACUAUACCUGUCCUGCUGCUGCUGCUGUUUGCAGCUGCUGGCUUCUUCUGCUACAAACAACAUGCAAAAAGGACAGGAAGCUACUCCAGCAAAUCAAAGCCGUGGAUCUCGACAGCAACCUCACCUUGCCCCGUGCAGGGACCUUACGCUUUUAGUGACGUUACCAAACUGCCUGUGGACUGCAGAACGCCAUCAGAGAUCAUGACAAAAUACUCCUGUGAUCCUUCCCGUGACUCCCAGUGUGGCGAUUACGAGAACGUGACAUGUUCUGACAAGGAGAGCGGCUUUGUGACCAAUGACAUCUACGAAACUUGCAGAGGUCAGAGUCGGCGCUCUCGCGGUCACACUGGAUGGGUGGAAAACGAGAUCUAUGGAUAA